AUGAUCGUCUUUCUGUUACGGAAAGGGCCUAAACUCCUGGUGCUACUGCUUCUUGUUGUCAACGUCUUCCUACUUGCCUUUCUGCUGGUGGGAUGCACCAGUUCCAGCUCGCAGUAUUCUAAUGUCUACCUGAUCGAGUACAAAUUCAAUCAGUCGUCUGCCUUUUACAGCAAGAUCGAAAACGCGUAUUCAAAAUCAAACAAUAACGAUCUGACUUCAAUGAGAGUACUCGUCGGUUAUCGCGGCAUCUGUGUCAAGACUGACAAUGCGACAUCGUGCUCAACGAAUCUAGAAAAUACAAACUACAAAGAGGCUUAUCCGGGAGUCUCGCUCUACGACACAAACGCAAAUUCCACCUCGUCUUCACUGAGCCUGGUGGACAUGGCCGUUGAUUUCAACACCAAAGUGACACAGCCUUACAUUCUGAUGGCUAGCUUGGUACUGACUCUGUUCUUGCUUGCAAGUUUGCUCUAUGGGUGCAUACCUCUACUACCUUGGAAAUGGGUGGCUUCGUAUACGAGUUUUGCCUUGAGUUCCAUCUUAUGCAUUCUUUGGGGCAUCGGCGGGAUGUGGGUUGACGUCGCUGCCAAAUCAGGAGCCGUUUUUGGAGCCACGGCAUCAAUGACGAUCAUUGAAGCUUCAGUUGGCCACAGAGCCGCAGCCAUGAUAUGGUGCAGUUUCAGCUUUUAUGUAGUUUCACUGGUCUGCACUUCUGUGGGACUGGGGAAACAAAUCAGAAGCAAGCAAGAGUCAUUUGAAAAAGACAGCAAAAGCUUGGCAAGUAGCAUGCCGGGGGCUUUUGCAGGAAAAGAUCCAUUUACGACCGGAAGGGUAAGGCAAUUCGUGUAA